AUGGCAGCAUCAGCGACGGUGAACAUCAAAGAGCGCAAGGGCACUCAGAUUCCGGACAACAUCAUGUUGCCUCAGCAAUCUCAUCACUGGCCGAUCAUUCUGGAUCAGGCAAACAUCGUGACCAAGGUGAAGCAUCUCGACGGCAGUCUGAGACGCCCGUGGCAGCGUCUUGGGAUGCAUCAAGAGGUGAAGGACGCCAUCACGUUAUCCGUGUGGCUGAUGACGGAAGGCCGCAUCUGGACGGACAACAUCGACGAAUCCUACAUCAUUGGAUUCAAUCCAUCGACGUGGUCAUCAUUCCAUCAGCUGUUGGAGAUCAAAGGCAUCAGUGGCUUUACUCGCCAUCACAUGGCAUCAUUCUACCAACUGCAUGUGGGCCACACCUACCACUUUGAUCCCAUCGAAAUGCACGAUCAAGUUGUCAUCAAUUGCAAAGGUGACAUCUCGACCAUCUAUGAGCAGGAUGAUCGAACUGAACAUCUGAUGAAGAACAUCGCUGAUUCCAUCGGGCAUGCAGGCUUGCAUCUUCUCUGCUCAUCAAGCCCUUUGGAGGCAUCAGUGAAGCAGGGCAUCAUCGACGCCUGCCUGGCAUCUGGGACUACCAUCGCAAGUCCAUCGACCAUCCCAGGGCAGAGGUUCAGAGCACAUCCUGAGCUUCACAUCUACCCGAAAGAGAUGUUGGAGUACAUCAGGGACAAUCAUCGACCCAGCAAGGAAGAACAUCCCUCUGUUCCAUCUCAUCAUUUUGAUGAACCUAUGGAUGAGAUCGACGAGACCAUCUGA